GGACUGUCUAGUCACCGACAACCGACACUCCACCAAAAUGGCCGUCACCCGCACCAACCUCAGAUUCGGCGCCAACACCGGCCGCACAACGACGGCGAUCGAGAAGAAGCCCAAGCCCUCUCACCGCAAGGGCGUCAAGAACGAGAAGUCAAAGUUUGUGUACUCGGUCGUGCGUGAGGUAGCUGGCUUCGCACCAUAUGAGCGUAGGGUUAUGGAGUUGCUGAGGAACAGCAAGGACAAGAAGGCUCGCAAGCUCACUAAGAAGCGCCUUGGGACAUUACUCCGCUCUAAGCGCAAGCUUGAGGAACUCCUGAACGUCAUCGCCGAGAGCAGGAGAGCUCACUGAGCGGAUGCAGCCCCUGGUGUGGAUGUUGGCUGAACUGAGUACCAUUAUGCGGGCUGGUGGGGAGAUGAAGAUCACCGAGCUGUUUCCUAUGCACACACUACGCGAUAUGAAUGUCAUGUGAUCUGCCACUCACUGUAUGCAUGCGAAGUGUUUUCCUUGUGUAGAUGUGGCCUGCACUCCGACCAGCUCCUAUUACACCCUACCGGUAACAUCGUGCCGUUCGGGUC